AACGAGGGACAAGCGUGCAAGCGGCAUCCUUUCAGCGGCAUCUUCCCGUAACCCUUUCGUCAUACGAGAUUACAGUAGUGCGAAUCCAACGAACUCGUCCCGUCGCCUCCACGAUCAACAUCCGUUCUCCCAAUCGUCUCCACACAGGAAAAUCAUUUCAACCGUCAUGUUUUACCGGCGGCGCCGGCCAGGGCCACAACAACGACGAAGAUGAUUCAAUGCUUCAGCUGGUGUAAAUGCCGGCCUGUAUCCUUAUUUACCUACGGUUGUUCAUCUGAUUUACAUGGCCUUCUUAAGGUUGUUGGUUGUUGCCAACGUUAGAAGGGCAGCGCAUUCCCUUCUUCCAAGCUGUAAGAGCUGUUUCUCUGAAGUAAACAAUCAGGGAGCGCGAUUGGCAGUUGGCUUUCCCCACUCUUUUUAUCGACAAUAUUCACAAUAUAAGGUUCUUGGCAGAGGCCUCACUUGUUGUACAUUCCAUGAAGCAAAGGGGAGCUUAUGGAGCAGUAGAGAUUUUCGAAGAUUUUAUUUUAUAUCAGCAAGUACUAAAGUUUCACGCCGUGCUCACAUUGCAUGGAGAAGAGUUUCCCAAAUUUGUACCUAUAGUGUGCCAUCCCAACCAAUGAUUAGAAUUGCUCGUGCUGUUAGCUUUGCUUUGAGUAGAUCCCAGUUGAUUGCUCCUGGUAUAUUAGCUUUUGUAGUAGGAGAGUUGGCUUGUACGCAAAGAACGUGGGCGGAGGCAGAAGGGUUCUCCUAUAAGAAUGAUCUAUACACACAUGCACAGGAUGGGCAUGUUUACUUAACUACGUUUGUGUUCUCCCUUCUAGAAGUUCUAAUAUUGUUUCUUAGAGCAGUAUAUCUAGCAUGUCUGUUUGCACCUUGCAUAGCCAUGGCUCCUUUCGCAAAUUCCCUUGGCAUUGAAUUUCGUAAGACAUGGCUACAAUGUGUCCAUAACACCUUAGAAAAGGCUGGACCCGCAUUUAUUAAAUGGGGUCAGUGGGCAGCUUCAAGGCCUGAUCUUUUCCCCAAUGAUCUCUGCACGGAGCUCGCAGAACUUCAGACAAAAGCACCAGCUCAUAGCUAUGCUCACACAAAGAAUACUAUUGAAAAAGCAUUUGGCCGUCUAUUGCCUGAGAUAUUUGAAAAUUUUGAGGAGGAGCCUGUUGCAUCUGGAAGUAUAGCUCAAGUUCAUCGAGCAACUUUAAAGUUUCGUCAUCCUGGUCAACGUAUAAAGCCUAUUCUUGUUGCCGUAAAGGUUAGACAUCCAGGAGUUAGUGAAAGAAUUAGGAGGGAUUUCAUAUUACUGAAUUUAUUCGCAAAAGUGUCAACAUUUAUCCCCACUCUGAAAUGGUUGAGACUGGAUGAAAGCAUACAGCAAUUUGCCGUCUUCAUGAUGUCCCAAGUUGAUCUUGCCAGGGAGGCAGCUCAUUUAAGUCGUUUUAUUUACAAUUUCCGAGGAUGGAAGGAUGUGUCAUUCCCGAGGCCUCUAUAUCCACUGGUGCAUCCUGCUAUUUUAGUGGAAACUUUUGAGCAUGGAGAGAGUAUUUUGCACUAUGUGGACGAGCUAGAAGGGAAUGUAGGCAUCAAAACUGGCCUUGCCCACAUUGGGACUCAUGCACUUCUAAAGAUGCUUUUGGUUGACAAUUUUAUUCAUGCAGAUAUGCAUCCGGGAAAUAUUCUUGUAAGGGUGACUCAGGGCAAAGCAUCAGAUACAGGGUUGUUUAAAUCUAAGCCUCAUGUAAUUUUCCUUGAUGUGGGCAUGACUGCUGAACUUUGCAAGAAGGAUAGAGUCAAUCUGAUUGAGUUCUUCAAGGCUGUUGCUCUUCAAGAUGGACGUGCUGCUGCGGAGCACACACUUAAAUUUUCAAAACAUCAAAGCUGCCCAAACCCAACAGCUUUCAUUAAGGAUGUCGAGGAAUCAUUUAUGUCAUGGAGGUCUGCGGAAGGUGACUCCAUCCAUCCUGCAGAAUGCAUGCAGCAGUUGCUUGAGCAAGUUAGGCAUCAUAGAGUUAAUAUCGAUGGCAAUGUGUGCACUGUAAUAGUAACUACAUUGGUUUUGGAGAGUUGGCAGCGGAAGCUGGACCCCGAGUAUGAUGUGAUGAACACAUUGCAAAAUCUUCUAUUUAAAACCGAUUUGGUGGAGUCUCUCUUCUAUACAAUCGAAGGACUCAUGGCUCCAUGAGAAAGGUGCCCUCCCUCUUCCUCUCAAGAAAAAAAAUAUCGUCUAAUUUUGUUCCCUAAUAAAUUCUAUAACGUACACGAAUAAGAAAAAAAGAAACAUAAGUCAUCCUACUCUUUAGGGUAAAGGUCAGCCUGCAUUCAUCUUACCCCAUAAACCUCACUUCUGGGUGAGAUAUACAGGGCUCGUAUUGUUUGGUAAAAACAAAAACAAAGUAGUAAAUGAUUUUAUUGUGACGGAAAAAAUAACAAAAACAUUGCGUAGUUUUGAGACCGAAAGAGCUGAUUUUGCCAAAUUUAUUACUUUUUGUAUACUUUGUAAUGUUGGCAUCCUAGAUGAAUUGGAUGAGUGUAUGGUAUUGUCAUUUGUACACUAGUAACAAGCACAAUUGUAUCUAAAUUUAUACUUUUGAGUGGGUUAUGUAA